GAUGAGUGGAGCUGGAGGUGGAGAGCAGUCCCUGUUCUUUCUAAUUCUCCCUGACCUGAGGAAGCUGUGCUGUGUCACCCUGUCCUUGCAGUCUGAUGACGGAGAAGUGAGAAACAAGCAGGUGAAAACAUGCAGGUGAGACAGCUGCUCAGAGUUUGCUUGGAGGUUGCUUGAAUAAAUACAGGUUCUUAUUUUUUGAUUGAUGAAUUAAAGGAGGCAAAGUUCAAAAUGCCCAAUCUCUUCUUAACCCAAUGGUAAUGUAUUUAUCUUUCUGUAAGAAACUCAGGUUGUUUUUGAAUGAAUUAUGAAAACCUUUGAGGUGCAAAAAGGUUGCACAGUUCUUCUCUAGUUUAAAAUCGACUUUUUACAUUUUUAUUAAAGUGCAUUGUUGCUGUUCUCAGGUUAAUAAGCAGACCAAUUGAAUUAACUUUCCUAUAUUCACUUUCAGGGAGCUGUUGUUAUUGUAUGCAGACAUCAUUGCCUCUCCGGUAUUGGGGUGCUUCUCGGAGAUCACAGUGGUGAUGGCGGUAAGUCUGCACUCAAGUCCGUAUUUAAUAGUCCAUGAAACAUACUAAUCUCCCGUGGGCAAAUUCUGCGUGUAGACCGAGUGAAUCUGCCAGGACUGAAUGGGAUGUGUGAUAUCCGAGCAACAUUAGUUCCGGUUUUUAGGUUUUCAUGUCUGGUUAUUUGGACAUAUCAGGAUUGGGUGAAGGUGGUGCUUUGGCUGUGAGUUUCCAUUUGCGAGGGUGAAGACUUUGCCGGAACACUCAAUUUCUAACACGUUUGAACACAGAAGUUAAUCAGGCAGCUGACCAAAUUACACAAAAUUUUACUUCUGGUUAACGUUUGGCAAAAUGUACUUGUGGCAACAAGCCAACACAAUACUUUUUCUCCUGCAAAUAUUUUAGUAAGAUGAUGAUACACUUUUUGAAACAAUCAGUUGAAAAUCAUGCAUUUAUGAAUUGUGUGAAAUGUAUUUUACUCAGUAUUGUCAGUAGUUCCCCUGUAUACUUUGUCUCAUACACUUUCAUUAGUAUGAUUACCAAUGACUGCACUAAAUCAGGUCAUUGGAGCCUUUGAUCUGGCUUGUUUACCAAUUGUUGGAGGUUAUGUAAGAGCACAGUGAGUAAAACACCACCUUCACAUGCCAUGUAACAUGACACCAACAAGGUGUGCACGCAAGGGAGGCUUUGUCACGACUCUCCAAUCAUAGGAAAUUGUUUGUUUUUCUUAGAGGGAGAUAUAUGGGUUGUGUUCAUUAGGCACCAAAUGGAAGCCAAUGGACUGAAACGGGAAAGGACUUCCUGGACUUGUCAAAUAACAAACGCUCAUUGUCGAUUUCAGUUGCAAAAAGUUUGAAGGCAGUUUCCGUUGCAUGCCCUAAUGAACACAACCCUGGAUUUUCUAUGGAUUUUGAGGAGGGAUUUACCCCGUUUCACAUUGCACGAUUACACAAUUGGCUUCUCUCUCUAAUCUAUCAUUGUAACUCAAUUAAAUUGUAGUGUUUAAUAAUCUUAUAUGGAAUGGGUAGCAUAAUGCGACAUAAACGGGUACUCUUUCAUUUAUUAAUUCAUCCACUGAAAUACUGUCUCUGGUUUAAAUGGAUGAUGUAAAGAGGUUAAUAGUGCGUGAGAAAAUGAGAAAUGUGUGUGCGUGUGAUGUGUGAGUGAGUGUAACUUAUGUGUCUGCGUGCCUGCACGUCUCCUGCAGAGGCAUGUUGCAUGCAACCCAAAAUGGUUGGUCUGCAAUCCAAACACUGUCAUUUUUUUCACCCCUUCUGGAUUGUAGCCAAAAUAAUAGAAAAACUAAAAACAAUAUUAUAAUUGUCCAAAUGUAGUAUCAUUUUAAGCUGCGUAUAAUGGUUUGAGCUGCUUUACAAAAACAUAGAAACAACAGGUUCUCCAUAUUUUAAUCUUAAUUUCAAACAAAAACAAUGAAUGGUUUUCUAUUUGUGAAACACCAAUAACUUCCUAACUGGAAAAUCUGCAUGAUUAACCCCUGCAUGUAAACAUGUAAUCUACAUUGUGCAUCUGCUCCAGCACUCCAUUUGCUUUCACUAGUGCUCCACACACAGUUCUGGUGAAUCAUUGACUGUGUUGCAGUUGUUUAACAAUCUUCCCUUUAACCGAGUGUGUCAGCAGAAGACUCAAUGAUCCCUUGUUUGACCAAAUAAUUGUUUGUUUCAUAUUAUUGAAUUCAAACUUUUCCCCCUAACAGAUUCCCUUUUUUAAGAGAGGAAUAGUACAAGCUUAUGUACAACGACACAGUCUGCAGGUAAGCUUGGGCUGGCCUAGUUGUCAUUCACUCUCACUCAUUACUUCUGCAAUUUUGACCAAGUUUAGAAACCAAUUCAGAUAAAUGUUUUAUGAGUAUGUUAGUUUUACAUUCAUUAUCCACAUCCACGUUUUAAAUAUAAUUGUAUGUCAAACAGUUGUUUUUCAUGAAAUGUGAGAUAUUUUGUUCUUACUGCUGUUAUUUUCUACUUGUGAGGUCUUGCCCGGCUUUUCCUGUGACCCCUUAAAUGCUCACUUCAGUAAUUGGUCCCCUGGUUGAGAAUCACUGAUAUAGAAUGCAGUAUCAUAGACAGGUGGAUGAUGUCUAGUCAGUUAAGUUACAUGUAGUUUCUCUGUGUUGUGUUUGGGCAGAUGGGCUCUCCUCAGAGGGUUCUCCCUGGUAUUCUGCAGACCUGUCUGUCCUACUCCUUGACCAGCAGGCUGGCUCCAAACUGGAACAAAGUCGGACAGUUCCUUAUUGCUGGUUUGUACUAGUACUGUAUAUAGGAAUAUGGAAUUAAUAUAAUGGCACUGUUUUAUGUUAGUAAUAUUGUUAUUGGCUAGUUAUUAUGAUAUACAGUAGUUAGCCUACCACCUGUCUGUUUUAUCUAGGAGAGGAGAUCGAUGAGGCCUUCUUUCUAAAUUGUAUUGUUUUGAACUCAUCCAUCAUGGCUGCCGGAAUUUCCCUAAUCCAUGGUAUUUUCCAUUGCCCUUUUUAUGGCUCAUCAUCAAAUUAAAGCGUUUGUCAUUUACAAAGUAAGAAAAGCGGAUAGUUAAUAGACUGUUACAGGUCCCAUUCUCUUGGGCCUGAUAACAUUGAAUUAUUUCCGAACAGGGGCCCUUUCCCUGUCUUUCCUGGAAUUCUGUUUCUAGUUGGAAGUGAUUUCGCUAGACGGUUGCAAAGGUCACUGUUUAAUCGCAGUCCUGUUGAGAAGGCAUAUCUAUAAUCGCAGUGACUCUGCAAAUAUGUUACGCCACCCUCCAUUACCUUCACCUUGGGCCUAUUUUAUAUGACAUUGAGUAUUUGAUUCACACACACACGCACACAUACAGUACCACUCAAAAGUUUGGACACACCUACUCAUUCAAGGGUUUUUCUUAAUUGUUACUAUUAUUGUAGAAUAAUAGUGAAUACAUCAAAACAAUGAAAUAACACAUAUGGAAUCAUGUACAGUGAGGGAAAAAAGUAUUUGAUCCCCUGCUGAUUUUGUACGUUUGCCCACUGACAAAUAAAUUAUCAGUCUAUAAUUUUAAUGGUAGGUUUAUUUGAACAGUGAGAGACAGAAUAACAACUAAAAAAUCCGGAGAAACGCAUGUCAAUGAGGGAAAUAAGUAUUUGACCCCCUCUCAAUCAGAAAGAUUUCUGGCUCCCAGGUGUCUUUUAUACAGGUAACGAGCUGAGAUUAGGAGCACACUCUUAAAGGGAGUGCUCCUAAUCUCAGCUUGUUACCUGUAUAAAGGACACCUGUCCACAGAAGCAAUCAAUCAAUCAGAUUCCAAACUCUCCACCAUGGCCAAGACCAAAGAGGAUGUCAGGGACAAGAUUGUAGACCUACACAAGGCUGGAAUGGGCUACAAGACCAUCGUCAAGCAGCUUGGUGAGAAGGUGACAACAGUUGGUGCGAUUAUUUUGCAAAUGGACAAAACACAAAAGAACUGUCAAUCUCCCACGGCCUGGGGCUCCAUGCAAGAUCUCACCUCGUGGAGUUGCAAUGAUCAUGAGAACGGUGAGGAAUCAGCCCAGAACUACACGGGAGGAUCUUAUCAAUGAUCUCAAGGCAGCUGGGACCAUAGUCACCAAGAAAACAAUUGGUAACACACUACGCCGUGAAGGACUGAAAUCUUGCAGCGCCCGCAAGGUCCCCCUGCUCAAGAAAGCACAUAUACAGGCCCGUCUGAAGUUUGCCAAUGAACAUCUGAAUGAUUCAGAGGAUAACUGGGUGAAAGUGUUGUGGUCAGAUGAGACCAAAAUGGAGCUCUUUGGCAUCAACUCAACUCGCCGUGUUUGGAGGAGGAGGAAUGCUGCCUAUGACCCCAAGAACACCAUCCCCACCGUCAAACAUGGAGGUGGAAACAUUAUGCUUUGGGGAUGUUUUUCUGCUAAGGGGACAGGACAACUUCACCGGAUCAAAGGGACGAUGGACGGGGCCAUGUACCGUCAAAUCUUUGGUGAGAACCUCCUUCCCUCAGCCAGGGCAUUGAAAAUGGGUCGUGGAUGGGUAUUCCAGCAUGACAAUGACCCAAAACACACGGCCAAGGCAACAAAGGAGUGGCUCAAGAAGAGGCAAAUUAAGGUCCUGGAGUGGCCUAGCCAGUCUCCAGACCUUAAUCCCAUAGAACAUCUGUGGAGGGUGCUGAAGGUUCGAGUUGCCAAACGUCAGCCUCGAAACCUUAAUGACUUGGAGAAGAUCUGCUGAGAUGUGUGCAAACCUGGUGGCCAACUACAAGAAACGUCUGACCUCUGUGGUUGCCAACAAGGGUUUUGCCACCAAGUACUAAGUCAUGUUUUGCAGAGGGGUCAAAUACUUAUUUCCCUCAUUAAAAUGCAAAUACAUUUAUAACAUUUUUGACAUGCGUUUUUCUGAAUGUUGUUGUUGUUAUUCUGUCUCUCACUGUUCAAAUAAACCUACCAUUAAAAUUAUAGACUGAUCAUGUCUUUGUCAAUGGGCAAACGUACAAAAUCAGCAGGGGAUCAAAUACUUUUUUUUCCUCACUGUAGUAACCAAAAAAGCGUUAAACAAAUCAAAAUAUAUUUUAUAUUUGGGAUUCUUCAAAUAGCCACCCUUUGCCUUAAUGACAGCUUUGCACACUCUUGGCAUUCUCUCAACCAGCUUCACCGGGAAUGCUUUUCCAACAUUCUUGAAGGAGUUCCCACAUAUGCUAAGCACUUGUUGGCUGCUUUUCCUUCACUCUGCCGUCCGACUCAUCUCAAACCAUCUCAGUUGGGUUGAGGUCGGGGGAUUGUGGAGGCCAGGUCAUCUGAUGCAGUACUCCGUCACUCUUCUUGGUAAAAUAGCCCUUAUACAGCCUGGAGGUGUGUUGGGUCAUUGUCCUGUUGAAAAACAAAUGAUAGUCCCACUAAGCCCAAACCAGAUGGGAUGGUGUAUCGCUGCAGAAUGCUGUGGUAGCCAUGCUGGUUAAGUGUGCCUUGAAUUCGAAAUAAAUCACAGACAGUGUCACCAGCAAAGCACCCCCACACCAUAACACCUCCUCCUCCAUGCUUUACGGUGGGAAAUACACAUGCGGAGAUCAUCCGUUCACCCACACUGCGUCUCACAAAGACACGGCGGUUGGAACCAAAAAUCUCAAAUUUGGACUCCAGACCAAAGGACAAAUUUCCACUAGUCUAACGUCCAUUGGUCGUGUUUCUUGGCCCAAGCAGGUCACUUCUUCUUAUUGGUGUCCUUUAGUAGUGGUUUCUUUGCAGCAAUUCGACCAUGAAGGCCUGAUUCACACAGUCCCCUCUGAACAGUUGAUAUUGAUAUGUGUCUGUUACUUGAACUCUGUGAAGCAUAUAUUUGGGCUGCAAUUUCUGAGGCUGGUAACUCUAAUGAACUUAUCCUCUGCAGCAGAGGUAAUUCUGGGUCUUCCUUUCCUAUGGCGGUCCUCAUGAGAGCCAGUUUCAUCAUAGCGCUUGAUGGUUUUUGCAACUGCACUUGAAGAAACUUUCAAAGUUCUUGAAAUGUUCCGUAUUGACUGACCUUCAUGUCUUAAAGUAAUGAUGGACUGUCGUUUCUCUUUGCUUAUUUGAGCUGUUCUUGACAUAAUAUGGACUUGGUCUUUAACCAAAUAGGGCUAUCUUCUGUAUACCCCCCACUACCUUGUCACAACACAACUGAUUGGCUCAAACGCAUUAAGAGGGAAAUAAUUUCCACAAAUGAACUUUUAAGAAGGCACACCUGUUAAUUGAAAUGCAUUCCAGGUGAUUACCUCAUGAAGCUGUUUGAGAGAAUGCCAAGAGUGUGCAAAGCUGUCAUCAAGGCAAAGGGUGGCUAUUUGAAGAAUCUCAAAUAUAAAAUAUAUUUUGAUUUGUUUAACGCUUUUUUGGUUACAACAUGAUUCCAUAUGUGUUAUUUCAUAGUUUUGAUGUCUUCACUAUUAUUCUACAAUGUAGAAAAUAGUAAAAAUAAAGAAAAACCCUUGAAUGAGUAGAUGGAUGGGAUCCAUGAACAGCCUGUCUGGCACUUAUUUAGAUUACGACUAUGAGAACAGUGCUGCUUAGACAACUACAGUAAUGUUAUCGUUAAUGCUGCAUCAUUACUGCCGUUGCAUCUCUCACAAGCCCCCCAGCCCCCAUAAUCUAUAAAUAAAUUAAGUUGAUUUUUUUAUAACACCAUCUCAAGAGCCUGGCCAAGAGGAGAGAAAAUGUAUCUGAUGUCCUCCAAAUCCUUUAUGUUUUACAUGAGCGUGUCCAGGUCUUAUGAUAGCAGACCGGGCAAAGGACAGACUGUCCUUCGACUUGGAGUUCGUUCCGUGCUAAACGUGACCUUCCUUGCCAACUGUAUUCUUUUUUAUCUAGUCCUUCAUGGCUGCCAGAAUGACACACACGUACACACACACGUAUGCAUGCGCGCACAUACACACACACACAGAGAGAGAGACACACACGUCUCACACGCACGCGCACACACACACGAACACACACACAGAGAGAGAGACACACACUGAUCAAUAGAUGACUAGUACUAAUCCAACUAUAUUGUACUGCAACAACACUACUCUAUGUUUGAUGACUUAACCAUGUCUGUUGAUCUUGUUCACUUUCUAGGGAGGGAUUUUCUGGCUGAUUCGGGGAAGCUCAAUGCCAUUGGUAGGUGUUUGAGUGUGAAUGAUCACCUGUUACACUUUCAGUAUCCUUUACAACAUUGGUUUAGAAAUUAUUUGAGCUAUUUAUGCUAUUUCUCACAACCUUUAACCUUUAGCUCUCGAACCACAGUGGUAUACGCAGAGCCAUAUAUAGAGAUAUAGAGGUCACUAUACUAUAUAUGGCUCUGGGUUUAAGGUUUCCUAUAGUGGAAAGGCUAUAAUAACAAUUCUAGUUGCUAUAACCAAAUGCAUUAGGCUUAAUUCUGAGUUAUUGUUAAUUGCUCAGUAAAUGACAAAUCUUAGGACAUACAGUGGGGAGAACAAGUAUUUGAAACACUGCCGAUUUUGCAGGUUUUCCUACUUACAAAGCAUGUAGAGGUCUGUAAUUUUUAUAAUAGGUACACUUCAACUGUGAGAGACGGAAUCUAAAACAAAAAUCCAGAAAAUCACAUUGUAUGAUUUUUAAGUAAUUAAUUUGCAUUUUAUUGCAUGAUAUAAGUAUUUGAUCACCUACCAACCAGUAAGAAUUCCGGCUCUCACAGACCUGUUAGUUUUUCUUUAAGAAGCCCUCCUGUUCUCCACUCAUUACCUGUAUUAACUGCACUUGUUUGAACUCGUUACCUGUAUAAAAGACACCUGUCCACACACUCAAUCAAACAGACUCCAACAUCUCCACAAUGGCCAAGACCAUAGAGCUGUGUAAGGACAUUUACAUUACAUUUACGUCAUUUAGCAGACGCUCUUAUCCAGAGCGACUUACAAAUUGGUGCAUUUACCUUAUAGCCAUUGGGAUAACCAAUUGACAAUAUUUUCUUCUUUUUUUUAUAAAUAUUUUUAAUUUUGUGCUAAUCUUUUUUUUUAAUAUUUAUUUUGUUCUUUUUUUUUUUUUUCUAUAUAUAUUUUUUUUUUCUUUUAAUUUUCUUUUUUUUAUUUAUUUAUUUAUUUUUUGGGGGGGGGGGGGUGUAGAAGGAUUACUUUAUCCUAUCCCAGGUAUUCCUUAAAGAGGUGGGGUUUCAAAUGUCUCCGGAAGGUGGUGAGUGACUCCGCUGUCCUGGCGUCGUGAGGGAGCUUGUUCCACCAUUGGGGUGCCAGAGCAGCGAACAAGGACAUCAGGGAUAAAAUUGUAGACCUGCACAAGGCUGGGAUGGGCUACAGGACAAUAGGCAAGCAGCUUGGUGAGAAGGCAACAACUGUUGGCGCAAUUAUUACAAAAUGGAAGAAGUUCAAGAUGACGAGGGGCUCCAUGCAAGAUCUCACCUCGUGGGGCAUCAAUGAUCAUGAGGAAGGUGAGGGAUCAGCCCAGAACUACACGGCAGGACCUGGUCAAUGACCUGAAGAGAGCUGGGACCACAGUCUCAAAGAAAACCAUUAGUAACACACUACGCCGUCAUGGAUUAAAAUCCUGCAGCACUCGCAAGGUCCCCCUGCUCAAGCCAGCGCAUGUCCAGGCCCGUCUGAAGUUUGCCAAUGACCAUCUGGAUGAUCCAGAGGAGGAAUGGGAGAAGGUCAUGUGGUCUGAUGAGACAAAAAUAUAACUUUUUGGUCUAAACUCCACUCGCCGUGUUUGGAGGAAGAAGAAUGAUGAGUACAACCCCAAGAACACCAUCCCAACCGUGAAGCAUGGAGGUGGAAACAUCAUUCUUUGGGGAUGCUUUUCUGCAAAGGGGACAAGAGGACUGCACCGUAUUGAGGGGAGGAUGGAUGGGGCCAUGUAUCGCGAGAUCUUGGCCAACAACCUCCUUCCCUCAGUAAGAGCAUUGAAGAUGGGUCAUGGCUGGGUCUUCCAGCAUGACAACGACCCAAAACACACAGCCAGGGCAACUAAGGAGUGGCUCCGUAAGAAGCAUCUCAAGGUCCUGGAGUGGCCUAGCCAGUCUCCAGACCUGAACCCAAUAGAACAUCUUUGGAGGGAGCUGAAAGUCCGUAUUGCCCAGUGACAGCCCCGAAACCUGAAGGAUCUGGAGAAGGUCUGUAUGGAGGAGUGGGCCAAAAUCCCUGCUGCAGUGUGUGCAAACCUGGUCAAGACCUACAGGAAACGUAUGAUCUCUGUAAUUGCAAACAAAGGUUUCUGUACCAAAUAUUAAGUUUUGCUUUUCUGAUGUAUCAAAUACUUAUGUCAUGCAAUAAAAUGCAAAUUAAUUACUUAAAAAUCAUACAAUGUGAUUUUCUGGAUUUUUGUUUUAGAUUCCGUCUCUCACAGUUGAAGUGUACCUAUGAUAAAAAUUACAGACCUCUACAUGCUUUGUAAGUUGGAAAACCUGCAAAAUCGGCAGUGUAUCAAAUACUUGUUCUCCCCACUGUAGUCAAUUUAAAUAGUCCUCACCAUGUAUCACCAGUUUUUGGUCAUUGUGAGUGGUUAGCAUCUGUUGUUGUAGCCUCUGUAACUUUUAUACUCAUCAUUAUUCAUGAUUUCUCUCAAAUGUUGUGCACAGAUUUGUUUACAUCCCUGUUUGUGAGCAUUUCUCUUUUGCCAAGAUAAUCCAUUGACCUGACAGGUGUGGCAUAUCAAGAAGCUGAUUAAACAGCAUGAUCAUUACACAGGUGCACCUUGUGCUGGGGACAAUAAAAGGCCACUCUAAAAUGUGCAGUUUUGACACACAAGACAAUGCCACAGAUGUCUCAAGUUUUGAGGGCGCGUGCAAUUAGCAUGCUGACUGCAGGAAUGUCAACCAGAGCUAUUGUCAGAUAAUUUAAUGUUCUGAAACAAAGUUGAAAAUGUCCCAGUUCUUCCAUGGCCUGCAUACUCACCAGACAUGUCACCCAUUGAGCAUGUUUGGGAUGCUCUGGAUUGACGUGUACGACAGCUUGUUCCAGUUCCCGCCAAUAUCCAGCAACUUCGCACAGCCAUUAAAGAGGAGUGGGACAACAUGUGUCGCGCUGCAUGAGGCAAAUGGUGGUCACACCAGAUACUGACUGGGUGUCUGAUCCACACCUCUACCUUUUUUUUAAGGUAUCUGUGACCAAGUCAUGUGAAAUCCAUAGAUUAGGGCCUAAUUUAUUUAUUUAAAUUGACUGAUUUCCUUAUAUGAACUGUAAUUCAGUAAAAUCUUUGAAUUGUUAUAUGUUGCAUUUAUAUUUUUGUUCAAUAUACUUAGUAAGACUACUUAGUCUACUAAUUUCAGACUACUUCAAUACACUAUAAGUCAAUUUGUCCAAAUACUUGGGGGACUAGAUAUAUAAAGCACUUUUAUGUCUAAAUGGUCAAACAGAUAUUUAAUACAAUUUCCCUUAAAUAAAAGGUGACAUUCUGUACUAUCUUGUCACUUCCUGAUGGGCCGCCCCCAGGUGUUAAGGGUAGGCAACAACACGUCUGCCACGCUGAUCCUCAACACUGGGGCCCCUCAGGGGUGCGUGCUUAGUCCCCUCCUGUACUCCCUGUUCACCCACGACUGCGUGGCCAAGUACGACUCCAACACCAUCAUUACAUUUGCUGACGACACAACAGUGGUAGGCCUGAUCACCGACAACAGUGAGACAGCCUAUAGGGAGGAGGUCAGAGACCUGGCAGUGUGGUGCCAGGAUAACAACCUCUCCCUCAAUGUGAGCAAGACAAAGGAGCUGAUCGUGGACUACAGGAAAAGGAGGGCCGAACAGGCCCCCAUUAACAUCGACGCGACUGUAGUGGAGCGGGUCGAGAGUAUCAAGUUCCUUUGUGUCCACAUCACCAACAAACUAUCAUGGUCCAAACACACCAAACAGUGGUGGAGAGGGCACGACAACACCUUUUCCCCCUCAGGAGACUGAAAAGAUUUAGCACGGGUCCCCAGAUCCUCAAAAGGUUAUACAGCUGCACCAUCGAGAGCAUCCUGACCGGUUGCAUCAUCGCCUGGUAUGGCAACUGUUCGGCAUCCGACCGUAAGGCGCUACAGAGGGUAGUGCGUACGGCCCAGUACAUCACUGGGGCCAAACUUCCUGCAAUCCAGGACCUAUAUACUAGGCGGUGUCAGAGAAAGGCCCAGAAAAUGGUCAAAGACUCCAGUCACCCAAGCCAUAGACUGUUCUCUCUGCUACCGCACGGCAAGCAGUACCGGAGCGCCAAGCCUAGGUCCAAAAGGCUCCUUAACAGCUUCUACCCCCAAGCCAUAAGACUGCUGAACAAUUAAUCAAAUGGCCACCUGGACUAUUUACAUUGACACCCCCCUUUUGUUUUUACACUGCUGCUACUCGCUGUUUAUUAUCUAUGCAUAGUCACUUUACCCCUACCUACAUGUACAAAUUACCUCGACUAACCUGUACCCCCGCACAUUGACUCUGUACAGGUACCCCCUGUAUAUAGCCUCGUUAUUGUUAUUUUAUUGUGUUACUUUUUAUUUUUAUUUUUACUUUAGUUUAUUAAGUAAAUAUUUUCUUAACUUUAUUUAUUGAACUGCAUUGUUGGUUAAGGGCUUGUAAGUCAGCAUUUCAUGGUAAGGUCUACACCUGUUGUAUUCGGCGCAUGUGACAAAUACAAUUUGAAUUGAUUUGAUCUCAAAUUCAAAUUGCUGGGCUGUAGCUUUAAUGUCCAAAUACAUAUGGUGAGGACUGUACAGGACUGUACUGUACAUAUAAACUUCCACCUGACAUUGACAUGGCAUGACUAAGUGAAAAAUCAACUUGAGUAGAAAGAUGUUAGUAUUCACCCCUGUACAGAUGUAUUUGACGGAAUUAUAUAGAAUUUUUUUUAGGGGUAUUUAGGCCACUUUAAAAUGAAGUGUUACCAGCCUCUAAUCCAACAGAAUGACAAGGUUCAAUGUUUCCAUUGCCAGUGAUGGAGCUGAGUGCCAAUGAGAGCCAGCUGUGUGUCAGUGUGGAGGCCAACACUGUCCGACUCCCUCCAACCAGGGUGAGCCCAGCAGCCAGUCAAAACACCCCUACGUACUCACUCACUCACUCACACACACGCACACGUACGCACGCACACACACACACACACACACACACACACACACACACACACACACACACACACACACACACACACACACAAUGCUGUAAAAAUAAAAGCAGUGGUCUCACUGUCUGAUCUUCCAUAGAACACUGCUAAAACAGUACGUUAGAAGAACCAAACCUAACAAGGGCCUAUUCACUGGCAAUUCUCCCCCAACACAAUGUAUUGUACCAUGCAUCACACUGCCAGACAGACAAUAACAAACUACACACCUUCAUCAAGUAUUUUUACCUUAACCAUUCAUCAGGUUGUCAUUAUAAUCAUUUGUUCUCAGAGCCUUCUAUUUAAAUUCUCAUUAGUUAUCUCUAGUUGUACUCAGUAACAUGUAUUUUUUAAGGAUUUUAUGGUUGACUUUUAGUUGGCGGACUUUGACAUCCCUCCCAUGGUCCUGAGGAACUUCCAUAGCCAGCCAGAUGCUGUUAUCCAGACCUUCUCAAUGUCCAGCAACUGGUGUUACAUUCUGCCAAGGUCAGCACUUUGACAUGUUUUAUUUUCCUUUUAAAGGUAGACUCAGCAAUUUCACAGCAGUCACGUCAUCACAUUUUGGUCGACGCUUUUAUCCACAGCGACUUACAGUAGAGUGCAUACAUUUUCAUACUUUUUUCAUACUGGUCCCCUGUGGGAAUCGAACCCACAACCCUAGCGUUGCAAGCACCAUGCAGAUUAUUUCAGUAUUCAUAAUAACAAGUGUUACGAGCACACAGGCAGCGGUUUGUACACACGUACGUGCACACAGGCAGGAAUUUGAAAAAAAAGACACUGUAAACCAGUGGAGGAUGGUGGGAGGAGCUAUAGGAGGACAGGAUCAUUGUAAUGGCUGGAAUGGAAUAAAUGGAGAAAAAGAACAUUGCGAUGACAGGUUGGAUUGAAUUGUUGAUAUGCCAGAGAACUUGAAUUCUUAUGUAUGAACAGAGAAUAACAUAAAACAUAAGAACAUCAAAAUCAGGGUUGGGCUCAAUUCCAUUUCAAUUCAGUCAAUUCAGGAAGUGAACAUACAUUUAGCAAUUUCAGUUUACCUCCUGAAUUUACUGAAUUAAAAUGGAAUUGAGCCCAAACCUGAAUAAAAUAGAAGGUAUAGGUUUAGGAUAUUAAUUUGAGGUUUAAAAAGGCUUCUAAAGUUUGUAAUUUCCACUUUGAAAUGUCAGACUUGAUUUUCCCUUACGAUAAAUGUAUCAACACCAACAAAAAUGUCCAUGAAUUAUAAUCACAUAAUAAUUCAAAUGUCCUGUUGCUGCAGGAUAAUUUUCCUGCUGUAGCAAACUGGCUCAAAUUAAGAUUUGACAAAUUAAGAUCCAAAUUAAGAUCCGACAUCUGUACAACCUGUCAAUAUUGUAUGUCUUCACUGAUAUGCUAUAGGUACACUUGAUAUAUAGCUUCCGUCUGUGUUGUGUGUAGCAUGAAAAGGGGUCAGAUUGUCAGCAUCAGUCACCGGAUGCCCGCCGAGAGCCCCUUCCAGUGCUACGCUGACAUCCAGAAUCACUGGAGCAGUCUGGUAGGUUACAGCCUGGUCCCACAUCUGUUUGUGCUGUCAUGCCAACUGCUAUGGUCACUGUCAUGACAAUGGCUAUAGGAGUUGGCAAGACAGCACAAACCGAUCUGAGACCAGGCUAGGUAAGUUACACUUCACAUUAACUACCCUUCAUAAGGGCUGCAUAAAGCUGCCAUGAAAGAGACAUCUCUACGAGUCAUAACUACGAGUUUUUCCUGACCACGUUACCUGACUAGGAAAAGCUCUGUGCCCUAGUUAAAGGUUGUGAUUCCAGGUUGGGUCAAGCUGACUGUAGUGAACCAUGUGUCACUGUAAAAUCAGACUUAUUCACUAAUAGGUCACCUAAUUGGCUAGGCUUCAAGUUCUUUGGUGUCCACAUCACCAACAAACUAUCAUGGUCCAAACACACCAAGACAUUCGUGAAGAGGGCACGACAAAGCCUAUUCCCCCUCAGGAGACUGAGAAAAUGUGGCAUGGGUCCUCAGAUCCUCAAAAAGUUAUACAGCUGCACAAUCGAGAGCAUCCUGACUGGUUGCAUCACCGCCUGGUAUAGCAACUGCUCGGCCUCCGACCGCAAGGCACUACAGAGGGUAGUGCGUACGGCCCAGUACAUCACUGGGGCCAAGCUUCCUGCCAUCCAGGACCUCUAUACCAGGCGGUGUCAGAGGAAGGCCCUACAAAUUAUCAAAGACUCCAGCCACCCUAGUCAUAGACUGUUCUCCCUGCUACCGCACGGCAAGCGGUACCGGAGCGCCAAGUCUAGGUCCAAAAGGCUUCUACACUCAAGCCAUAAGACUCCUGAACAGCUAAUCAUGGCUACCCGGACUAUUUGCAAACUUGACGGUGGUCUGUCAACAUCUGUCAGCAACUAAACAUGGACUUGGCCUGGCGGAGUGUGUGUGCUUGAGUGUGCCUGUAUGCGUGUGAGUGUGUGUGGACUUGGCCUGUCAGAAUAACGGUAUGACUCACUAACGUUGGCUGGAAACAAACCAGCAGAUUUCACACCCACGCUGCCUAACAGUUUACUCCACCAUCAUGUUGUUGUUUAAAAAAAAUAAAUAUAUAUAUAUAUAUAUAUAUAUAUAUAUAUAUAUAUAUAUAUAUAUAUAUUUAAUUUUUUUGAGGGUAGAUCAGCUUAAUAUUGCAGAUAGAUUGUAACUUCCAUCAAUGUAAUUGUCUGCAUCACUUCCAAUCCCCCAUGUUUUAUAUAUAUAUAUAUAUAUAUAUAUAUAUAUAUAUAUAUAUAUAUAUAUAUAUAUAUAUAUAUAUAUAUGUAUACAUACAUAUACAUACAUACACAUACACAUACAUAUACACAUACAUAUAUAUAUAUAUAUAUAUAUAUAUACACAUAUACAUACACAUAUACACACACAUACAUACAUACAUACAUACAUACACAUACAUAUCCUUUAAAAAUAUAUAUAUAUAUAUAUUCCCCUUUAUUACUUUCCAACCACGCCACCCUUUCCCUACUUGGAGUAAACUAGUGAACAACAAUGCUUAGGCCUCUACUUCCAGCUUAUACUUACUAUCUACAUUUUAUGGACACAGUCAAUUUUACAAUAAUUAUAUUUUGUUUGUUUUUUCUCCUGAACUUCUACUCUCAACCUCUCCGAUCAUUUUCAUGAUGUCCAUCCGGUUUGCUUCUAUAUGCCAUAUCUUUCUAACUGUGCUCUUUCACAAAAGCUCUCAACCUACAACCCAUACACUUAUUAUGGACACAGCGUGCCUACAUUAUUAGUUUUCUUGUUAUUGUUUGUUGUUAGUUGUUAUUAGUCCCAUCCUUCAAUUCCAUUCAACACCUCCCAUCUAUUUUUUAACACCAUCUAUAUAGGAUUUCUAUUUGCCAUAUAUGGUCCUCUGUAGCUCAGCUGGUAGAGCACGGCGCUUGUAACGCCAAGGUAGUGGGUUCGAUCCCCGGGACCACCCAUACACAAAAAUGUAUGCACGCAUGACUGUAAGUCGCUUUGAAUAAAAGCGUCUGCUAAAUGGCAUAUUAUUAUUAUUUAUAUUAUUAUUAUUAUUUAUAUAUAUUUCAACUGUACUGUGAUGUCUUACAAAAGUUCUGAACCUUCCUAUUCUCAUUGUUUCUACAGAUUGUGAAUUGAAAAUAAACAUUUUUGCUAAAAGUAUUAUUAUUGUCACGAUCGUUAGACGGAGUAGACCAAGGCGCAGCGUGAUGAACGAACAUGUUUAUUUAUCGUUAGUGAUAAUACAAACAAUAACCGAAACAACAAACGAUACGUGCAGUCCUACGGUACAGACCAAAAGGAACAAACCAACUGGAACAAGAUCCCACAACUAUUGUGGGAAAUCAGCCUCUAUAAAUAUGGCUCCCAAUCAGAGACAACCAGCAACAGCUGACACUCGUUGCCUCUGAUUGGGAACCACUCUGGCCAACACAGAAAUACAACACAUAGAAUAUACACACCCUGGCUCAACAUAUAGAGUCCCCAGAGCCAGGGUGUGACAGUACCCCCCCCUAAAGGCGCGGACUGCGACCGCGCCUAAACAUAAACAAACCAGGGGAGGGCUGGGUGGGCAUUCCUCCUCGGAGGCGGUUCCGGCUCCGGGCUCGCCCACCACCCUCCAAUAAUCCCCCCGUAGCGCCCCUGAUCCGGUCCCGCUGGCUGGAGCUGGACUGGACAUCGUAGGAGCGGAUUGCUUAAGCUCCGGUGUGGAGCAGCUGACCGGUACCUGACCAGGCACCGGUGACCCAUGCACGGCUUGUGCCGGACUGACGACGUGCACCCCUGGCUUGGUGCGUGGAGCAGGAACGGGCCGGACCGGCCUGACGAUGCGCACCCCUGGCUUGGUGCGUGGAGCAGCAACGGGCCGGACCGGGCUGACGAUGCGCACCCCUGGCUUGGUGCGUGGAGCAGGAACGGGCCGGACCGGGCUGACGAUGCGCACCCCUGGCUUGGUGCGUGGAGCAGGAACGGGCCGGACCGGGCUGUCGAUGCGCACCCCUGGCUUGGUGCGUGGAGCAGGAACGGGCCGGACCGGGCUGACGACUCGCACCCCUGGCUUGGUGCGUGGAGCAGGAACGGGCCGGACCGGGCUGACGAUGCGCACCCCUGGCUUGGUGCGUGGAGAAGGAACGGGCCGGACCGGGCUGGCGACGCACACCGUAGGCUUGGUGUGAGUGGCAGGAACAGGCCGGGCCGGGCUGGCGACGCACACCGUAGGCUUGCUGCGAGGAGCAGGAACAGGCCGGACCGGGCUGGCGACGCACACCGUAGGCUUGGUGCGAAGGGCAGGAACAGGCCGGGCCGGGCUGGCGACGCACACCGUAGGCUUGUUGCGAGGAGCAGGAACAGGCCGGGCCGGGCUGGCGACGCACACCGUAGGCUUGGUGCGAGGAGCAGGAACAGGCCGGGCCGGGCUGGCGACGCACACCGUAGGCUUAGUGCGAGGAGCAGGAACAGGCCGGGCCGGGCUGGCGACGCACACCGUAGGCUUGGUGCGAGGAACAGGAACAGGCCGGACCGUACUGGGAACACACACCACUGGCCUUAAACGGGGAUCAGGAACGGGCCGGACCGGACUGGCAAUACACCGCAGUACCUCUCGCCGUGCCUCUACAACUUCCUUCCCUCCUCUCACCAAUGGCUCCCGUAACCCGGUGGCCUUCUCUCCUCGUCUCCCAUCUCGCCCUGUGGCAGCCUCCUGCUGCCCAGUCGCCCAUGCCGUGUGCCCCCCCCUAAAAAAUGUCUGGGGUUGCCUCUCGUCCGUCCGACAACGACACUGUUGACGCCGUUGCUCCUCUCUCGCCAGGGCCUUAAUCUUAGCCCAUGGCCCCUUGCCCCCGAGCAUGUCCUCCCAGGACCACGAUUUGCCCACCUGGGCCAUCGCCAACCUUUCCAGCUCCUUUCCCGGCGCUUCCACCCAUGUCCAGGCCGCCUGCUCCUGGACACGCUGCUUGGUCCUGGUAUGGUGGGAUCUUCUGUCACGAUCGUUAGACGGAGUAGACCAAGGCGCAGCGUGAUGAACGAACAUGUUUAUUUAUCGUUAGUGAUAAAACAAACAAUAACCGAAACAACAAACGAUACGUGCAGUCCUACGGUACAGACCAAAAGGAACAAACCAACUGGAACAAGAUCCCACAACUAUUGUGGGAAAUCAGCCUCUAUAAAUAUGGCUCCCAAUCAGAGACAACCAGCAACAGCUGACACUCGUUGCCUCUGAUUGGGAACCACUCUGGCCAACACAGAAAUACAACACAUAGAAUAUACACACCCUGGCUCAACAUAUAGAGUCCCCAGAGCCAGGGUGUGACAAUUGAUCGAUUGACUAUGACUUUUCAGAUCACCCAGUAAUGCUAUCUGCAAGGUUAGCUCCAGCUAAAUAUUGCAAUCCUUUAGCCAUUCCUGGACCUGUGUCCAAAAACAAGCUACAAAUGGACAGUACCAAAACAAAUGAUCUAAUGAUUCUGUCUCUUCGCAGCAAAAUCUGCAGAGCUGGGAAGAUUGUAUCCCCCAUAUAAAUAACAUUCCAUUGGUAGCAAGAAUUUUAUAUAAUAAUUUAAAUUGAAAGAUUCUAAGUUUUGAAUCCGGUGUCGUUUUGCGUAUCAGUUCAUAAACACUAUGCCAUGGGAUCGGUACGUUAAAAAUCUCUUCCCAACUAUUUUGCAAUCUAUAUGGGACGGCUGUCAAUCCUUUGGUCCUUAAAUGAAACUGAUAUACUUUUUUAUUUAUCACAGUUUUCCUUAUCCAAUUAUGUUCUUUAAUGCAAGGCCGACAAACAAGUUCCUUACUUUCUCACCCUUCCACUUUCCUCUUCCAUUUUUGCGGUAAGGCUGCAAUUAUUUGGUUGUAAUUUUGGGUAGAGCAGACAUUAUCAUAUGUUUUGGUUAGCUGCAUGUGCGACAUAACUCCACCAGUCCUACCGAUGAUAUCAUUUACGAAGAUUAUACCUUUUUUUAAACAUUUUGUCAAAAAAAAAAGUUUUUUUGUCAAUUAGUAUAUUUGAGUUUAACCACAAUAUUUGUUGCAUUAUUUGUUUUGUCGUUUCUGGAGGAUUAAAUUGAAAUUGCAACCAACUUUCUAUGGCUUGUUUUAGAAAUAGUGAUAUUUGGGAGAUGAUUUCCUUUUCAAAUAACUGAAAGUGAGAGGUUGUAAUCUGAAUAAAGGGAAAAAGGCCAUUCUUGAACAUUGGGUGAGACAAUCUUACUAAUUUGCUAGAGAACCAGUUCGGAUUUAAGUAUAACUUUUGUAUGACUGUCAACACCAUCAUGUUGUUAAUUAAGGUCCUGUUGCUCCUAAAAUGCCCAAUGAUAAACAUGCAUUGCCAAAGCCCUCUCCCCAACAUGUGUUAUUCAUUGAGUAUAUUAUAGGGCUGUAUGACUAUUGUAUCUCAGCCUUGAAUAAGAGCUCUCAGUGGAGAGUGGAUAGACCAUAUGUACGGGACAGCUGGCUGAUAAUAAUGCUCGACACGUUAGUGUUGGUGUUGGUCUGUUGUCACAUCUGGGGGAGUGCUUAACAUCCAGGUCACAAACAAAUCAUCUCCCUUGCUGUCUCUUCUACUGAUCCCCUCUGUUUGACACUGCUAGCUUACACACACAAAAAUACACACUCACACACAUUUGUCCUUACUACUUCUUCUUUCCUUGUUUUUUCUUAUUUUUCAGUAUGGCUACCGACUCCCCCAAAUUGAUGAGGAAGAAGUGAUUUAUUGCAGUGUAUACUUCAAACUGGUCGGAGAAAGGCUGUUCACGUAUCCUUUUAAGCCUGUGGUAUGGAUUGGGGACCAUCUGAGGCAUCUGCCUUUGGCCCACCUGUUGACUGUUAUGUUGUUACACUGACUCAAAACUGUCACGUUUAUGUCUACUCAUGCAACUAUUAUUGCGAUAGGCCACAGUUAUUGUUUUCUUGUAAUGUGUAACUGCUUGUAACCCGCAUUUGUCCCUUGAUAGGCUGUAAAAUGAAACAGUAAUUGAAAUCGGGAGAGAAAAUAACAAAACAAACACAGUGUAAAAUGGUUCACAUAUGGUGUUCUUCAAGUCAGUGUCCACUGUUUAAAUUCAUUCAAAUUUUGCAAACAUUUCAAGUAAUCUUAAAGGGGCAAUUACAUUGUUACAAAUAAUGGAGUAAAACAAGCUUAUAUUUUGGCUUCUGAUAGGGUACAACAGUUUAACUAAGCUUGUGAGGCAUUUAUAAGUUAUAUUCUUCAAUGGCUAUACAUCAUUAAUUUAGAAGUAAAACAAAUGGAUGUACCAAUCCCAGAUGACUCAUUUAAAGUGAGUUCAAUCCAGACAGUGAAGUUGUUCCAUUUCUUUAAAGGCCCAGUGCAGUCAAAAACGAGAUUUUCCUGUGUUUUAUAUAUACUUCCACACUAUGAGGUUGGAAUAAUACUGUGAAAUUGUGAAAAUGUUGAUAAUGCACUUUUAGUGUAAGAGCUGUUUGAAAAGGCUGCAUGAAAUUUCAGCCUGUUUAGGUGGGAUGGAGUUUUGGCCUGCCUGGUGACAUCACCAGUCAACGGUUAAUAGACCAAUAGACCAAUAGGAAAGAGAGUUCCAAACCUCUCUGCCAAUAACAGCUCAUUUUUAGUUUUCCCACCCUACUCAGACUACUCCCAGACAGUCCUAGCAAAAAUCUUGCUUGAGAAACUGCUAUUUUCUAAGAAGCAGUUUUUGUUUAUUUUUGACCAUUUUAAUUGAAAGCAUUCACAGUACGGUACUUAAUUGUUACCCAGAAAUGAUUUGAUACUGAGAUAAAAACAGAUGCAUUGGACCUUUACCUAGUGUGCUAAGAUACCCUCUGAGCUGUAUCCGGACUGAGCCGGUGCAGCGCUGUCCCAGGGUGGACCUCCAGGGAGCGCUCAGCUCCUUCCUAUCCCACCUUAGGGAGAGCCUGCAGGCUGUCUGUGGCUUCCCAGCCCGCAUGACCAGCAAGCCCUGCUACCACACCACCAGCCUGCUCAGCAUUGCCUCAGCACAGGUACAGGGUUCACACUAGUGGUGCACGGGUCAGCUGUUCACCCGCACAUGCCCACAAUUGCUAAUAAUCCACAACCGCCCGACUAUAUGUGAUAAAGUGAAAAUCUGAGGCCCGCACCCAACCCUAACCCGCAAAUAUAGAAAAUGCUCUAUAGGCUACAGUCAAAGAUGGCGGAAAGAUUUUUUGACAGGGGGUGCAGGACAUUUUGGUAGGCUAUUUGUUAGUCAACUUGUCUAUAAUUAGAUCCAUGCAGCUUCUCUUCUUUCAUUAUAUGUUGCCCUAGAAGACUAAAUAAACCCUUGCUCACCAGAAUAAUGUCAUAAAUCGAUAGAAUGAAUGCUUCAAUCUAGUUGACAUCGGUAAAGUUUUCUCUGUCGUCUUCUUUCAUGGAGCAAAGACCUUUAGGGACCGGGAGAAAAUGCAGUAACUCCCCCCCAAAAUUUCAGCAAUUUGAUCUGUUGUAAGGAAAUAGAAAGCUGUGAAAACAACCCAACAUGUUUCUGAUAAGAUUUCAGUUCGGCUUGGAUGCAUAUUUUAUGUGGUUGAAAUACUAUCAGCUUUUAUGAUGCUGAUAAAUAUAGCACCUCUACAGAUGGUAUCUAACUGAGCAUUAGCAUUCUCUCAAGAUACUGAAAGAAAGAAAUCAUAUUUCUCCACUCCUGUUCCCGAGUCAAAAUGUUGCCUACAUUUGGUGUAGGUUUUCAUUUUAAUGCAAGAAAUGAUUAAUUUCGUAAGAGUUAAUAUGAAGACUAUGUGAUAACUGAUGAUCAAUCGGCCCCAUCCCAGUCGUUUGACCAUGCUUACUACAAGUUUAGAUAGCUGGCCGCUAGACUAACUUACCACUCUAAAAAUGUUUAGCUGAUAUGGGCUAAUUGAGUGUCUGCUGAUGCACAACCAAAUUUAGAAAUUGCACCGUGUAUUCUAUUAUUUUAACUCUCAACAGUAAGUUGAGACCCUGACAAAAGGGGGCCGCCAGUUGCCCAUCCCUGCUAUAGAUAUAAAUUGCACAAGAAUGAUACAUUUAUGAAUUUUUUAAGGUAUUGUUUUCUCUUUAUUCAACCCGCCCUUUAUCCACACAAUAUUUAAUUACCCUAAACCCGCCUGGCCUGCGGUAUCCGUGGGUUAUGAGUCAACCCACGCACAGACACAUGCAUAGGUACAGGACUCCAGACUGUCAUUGGUACAACGUAUGUCAUUUUCCACACAUAGACGCACAUACUGGUACUAUAUUGUGACUUGAUGCAUCUCAUAUUUCGCUUGUAUUUCAAAUUACACAUGCAAGAUUUCUAACUUUUAGAAGUUUUACAAAAGAGACACUGUUCGUGAUAAAGAUUUUACUUUAAUAAUAGGUUGAUAUUUCCCACUUUAGUUUUAUCUGUAGAAUAUAUCAUCACAAAAUAAGAUUUCUCAAGAUCCAAAUUAAUGUUUGACAGUUUUCUCAUCCCAUCCUGUCAGAAAGGACCUGUGGUGAUAAAUGUCUGGGUCCUCCCAAUAGGAUGUGAGAAAUGAGCAGAAAGAGAUUAGUACAAUCUGGGUGAAUAAUACAAGGCAGAGAAAAUCCUUGAAUUUCCAAGUUGAAACAAUGGCGAAGCAUUCUACUAGCAGCUAGGUCAUAACCUCCUCCCUGAGUCAUAUUCAUUAGCACACACCGUAGCAAAACGUUUUGCAAUGGAAAACAGCCAUGAAAACGAACGAUUCAUAUUGGACAACUUCAGGUUAGUCCCUCCCUGUUUCAAUCCGUUUUGCGUCUGUUUGGUUCCUAGUGAAUACGACCCUGGUUUGUUAUGGCCCACAGAUGGUGGUGGUGGAAGCUCUCGCUGUCAAAGUGAAUAGAGUUUUAUUUGUGCUGGACCUGGAACACGACUCUGUUAUUAAAGUUUGACAAAUGAUGUGGGUGCUUGUUGAAACACCCUACCCACUGGCCACAGACGUCAAUUCAACAUCUAUUCCAUGUUGAUUCAAUGUAAUUUCAUUGAAAAACGUGGAAACAAUGUUGAUUCAACCAGUGUGUGCCAAGUGGGCAUUUACAGUGUUUAAUUAAGAAGUUAAUGAAGAAGUAGGACUUGAACUCACGGUAAUCAUCCGUUUUACAAUAGUAAUAACUGGGUACCUUGAUUUUAGGUAAUGUGAUAUAUGGUUUUUAGGUAUUAUGGAGUCAUUCAUUUCUAUGGAGUCAUUCAUUUCAUACAUUUAUAGUAUACAAAGCUGGUGCAACUCUGGGCAUUACAUCAUAUUUUUUCAAAAUGCCCUGCUACAGCAAGGUACAUCAUUAAUGUGACAAACAUGGCGCCAAAUGCCAAGUUAAUUAGCAAUCAUUUAACAAUACAACAUGUAAUGACGGUGCAGUUACAUCCACUUUGAAGCAAAUGUUUUUUACUAAGCUGCAGUACAGUUUAACUUUUUAAUGCCCAGAACUGUAUAUGUUUCCAUGUUCCAACAUCACUGCACUGUGUAUUCCUUUGUGGUCACAGGUGGCUAGUGGCAAACCAGUGAACUUGACGACCAAGUCAGCUAGCAGGCCCGUGCUGAGCCAACUCCAUGCUCCCUGCCCCAUCAAGCCCUCAUUUGGGGGGGCACCAGGCGCCCAGUCUCUCAGCCAGCCAGUGGGACAGAGUAGCAGCAGUAGCUAUCUCAGCACUGGAAGAACCCAGGGGGUCCAUCCCACUCCCCCUCAGAGUUAUACCCCAGGGAGAGGCUUGCCCUCCUCCUCUCUCUAUCCCAGUGCUGCCCCUCCCCAACCUACCACACACCCUCAACCCAGCCAGGCACUACCGACUGGACCCAAGAUGGUACCCAUCUUCAAGAACAAGGCCCUCCCGCGCCAUGUCAAUGUCACCCAGCUUCUGGCUGAGAAGCAGCAGAGGAGAGCCGAGGAGCAACGGCAGACACCUGUGUCGGGACAGAAGAGGCCCUGCCCAGCCUUCUCCUCCUCCUUUUCCUUCUGGUCUGUUCCCCCCUCUUUGUUUUCCUCGUCUACCUCUUCCAAUUGGACACAGGAAGCCCACCGGCCUCACUUUACCCCCCGUCCGCGGCCUGAAGGGGUUUCCCCACAUUCCUCCCAGGUGCACGCCAGUGAGAGCGCUUUCAGGGUGAGGGACGAGAUCGCCGUGGGUCCCCCUCAUCCUCUUCCAUCUGGCCCGCUAGGCAACAGAGGGGUGAGUCACCACCAAACACGCCGCUAGAUGUAAUUAUCACGUUUCAGGAGAAGACCCAGAUGCAGACAGUGCCGAAGUAACAAAAGUUUAUUACAAAAACGGGGCAGGCAAACAACAGGUCAAGGGCAGAGGUCAGUAAUCCAGAACAGAGUCCAAAAGGUACAGAACGGCAGGCAGUCUCAGGGUCAGGGCAGGCAGAGCUCAAUAAUCCAGGGUGGUGUGACAAGGUACAGAACGGCAGGCAGGCUCAGGUCAGGUCAGACAGAAUGGUCAAAACCAGAAAAAUAGAAAACAGGAACUUGAAAAAGACAGGCGCAAGGGGAAAACUGCUGGUAGGCUUGACGAAACAAAACGAACUGGCAACAGACAAACAGAGAAAAACUGUUUCACAUAGAAACACUGUAUUUUCGGCAGUUUUUUUUAAAUAAUGUUUAUUAAUUUUGAAAUAAUUAAAAAUAUGAAUAACAUUCCACCCAUGAGGCCACUAGGUUAUUUGAAUGCAGGAAAUGGCUAUGAUGUGAUUUCAAUCUUAGGAAUUGAGAUUAGCUCGCCUAAUUUAACUUUAAGGGCAUAUCUCCCAUUGACAUCAGUGCUUGAUUGUUUGCGUGAAGUCAAUACUUUUCUCAGGUGAGGAUUUGUCCCUUUACUGUAUGUUUGAAAGACUAGACAGUAGUCAAAUAUGUUUUAUGUGUGUAUUUGCAGAGAAUUUGAAUAUUAUUUUUUUUAUAUAUAUAAAGAUACAUUGUAUUGUAAUUAAAGUAAUGGGUUCUCACCUCUCAGGGGGACUGGUUUGAGUCAAAACCAAAGAAGCCAAAGUCUGCAGUGCAGGAUGUGGACGUGGAGAAACACGCGAGAAGUAACCAGGUAUGUCCUUUACUAUACUUUUACCUUUACCAUAGCUUUGAUUUAAAGUGAAAAUGAUGUAUUUUGCAAAUGUUCUGCAUGUUGAGAGAGGUGAUAAAUUCGACAAAUGGUUUGAGGGAGGCAAAACAUCCCACCAAAGCAGGUUGAUUAGGGGACGAUACUUCAGGGUAAGUGUUUAGCAAGAUCCAUAAACCAAAUAGAUUUUCCCACUACACCCCUAAUUUAAUUCCAUUACAAGCUUUUACUAAAUGAGAUCCAUCUAGUGUCUUGUUCCCGAGCCAGAUACUAUUUUUUACAGAUACUAUUUUAACGAAAGUUAUGACUCGGUUGAUCAUUUUUACGAGGGAGCCGGGGAAAGUUUGUUAGAAUGAUUGCUGCCAUUUUGACUGAUUCGUUUUCGGACUGGGACACACAUGGGCACUGAAUGGACAUAGUGACCUGACCUAAUAUACUUUAGGGAGGGCCAGAUGUAAUCUAUAGGGAUGUUACUCUUUGAAAUUACUUACAGUGUCUGCAUAGUUAAUUAUUUCAACUGCAGUUAUUUAUCUUUUGUAGCUGCAUUGGUUUUGGUUUUAUUUGAAUAAAUGACACAGGUAAGGUAAACUAUGGAAGUCCGAGUUGAUUUGAGCUUUUAGUUCAUUUAUACGUUUCUCUGUAAACAAACACCCAAUGGAGCCAGGAAAUUUGCCAACAUCUACACACAAUCAACAUAAAGUACAUUUUCCUGUACAAUAAAGAAUGAACAAAACUAAGGAGCUCAACACAUAAUGUUUGGAGGAUUCACAUAAGAAAUGAUGUUUGAUGUGCUCCCCCCUCAGAAGGUGAAAGUUUCUAACUACUGUGUCUGAUGACAUCACUCUCAAACUGCGAAUUGUAAACUAAGCUGAAGGAUUUUCAAAAAAUACAAAUUUCCUUAUCGGUCCAAUUUGAGAGCUAUAAUUCAGAAACUAAAGUAAGCAAAGUCAAAUCAAAUCAAAUCAAAUUUUAUUGGUCACAUGCGCCGAAUACAACAGGUGCAGACAUUACAGUGAAACGCUUACUUACAGCCCUUAACCAACAGUGCAUUUAUUUUUAACAAAAAAAGUAAAAAUAAAACAACAACAAAAAAAGUGUUGAGAAAAAAAAGAGCGGAAGUAAAAUAAAGUAACAGUAGGUAGGCUAUAUAUACAGGGGGGUACCGUUGCAGAGUCAUGUGCGGGGGCACCGGCUAGUUGAGGUAGUUGAGGUAAUAUGUACAUGUGGGUAGAGUUAAAGUGACUAUGCAUAAAUAAUUAACAGAGUAGCAGCAGCGUAAAAAGGAUGGGGUGGGGGGGCAGUGCAAAUAGUCCGGGUAGCCAUGAUUAGCUGUUCAGGAGUCUUAUGGCUUGGGGGUAGAAGCUGUUGAGAAGUCUUUUGGACCUAGACUUGGCACUCCGGUACCACUUGCCAGGCGGUAGCAGAGAGAACAGUCUAUGACUAGGGUGGCUGGAGUCUUUGACAAUUUUGAGGGCCUUCCUCUGACACCGCCUGGUAUAGAGGUCCUGGAUGGCAGGAAGCUUGGCCCCAGUGAUGUACUGGGCCGUACGCACUACCCUCUGUAGUGCCUGGCGGUCGGAGGCCAAGCAGUUGCCAUACCAGGCGGUGAUGCAACCAGUCAGGAUGCUCUCGAUGGUGCAGCAGUAUAAUUUUUUGAGGAUCUGAGGACACAUGCCAAAUCUUUUCAGUCUCCUGAGGGGGAAUAGGCUUUGUCGUGCCCUCUUCACGACUGUCUUGGUGUGUUUGGACCAUGAUAGUUCGUUGGUGAUGUGGACACCAAGGAACUUGAAGCUCUCAACCUGUUCCACUACAGCCCCGUCGAUGAGAAUUGGGGCGUGCUCAGUCCUCUUUUUUUUCCUGUAGUCCACAAUCAUCUCCUUUGUCUUGGUCACGUUGAGGGAGAGGUUGUUGUCCUGGCACCACACGGCCAAGUCUCUGACCUCCUCCCUAUAGGCUGUCUCAUCGUUGUCGGUGAUCGUUGUAAGCGUCAGAAAGAUGACAUUAUACAAAGAUUACAGUAUACCUGUGAGGAAAUGCUCUACCACCUCAGAUUCUUUCUCGACCUACAGUAGGAUAAGUAGGAAGUAAGAAGGGCUUUAUGAAAUACAUUUGAUUGAUUGAUUGAUUGGCUUUAUGAUUGAACUUGUCUUGUUUGCUAUUUAUUCAGCUGUCGAAGAUCAAUGUAGCGACCCUGCAGGCCUGGCUGAAGAGCCGCAGAGUGGUGGUACGGUCCAAGGACAAGAAAGAGGAGCUGGUGUCAAAGGUCAUGCGUUGCCUGAGUGAAUCU